AUGGCGCUGAAGAGGGCAAAGCGUUUUAUAGCAACCUUCGGACUUCUGUUCACAAUAUGUGGCUUUAUUUGCAUGGUUGUGGCUUUUGCCACACCACACUGGCUAGAAAGAUUCCCAUAUAAACGAAUGAGUAAAGUCUUCGUCCGUAUGGGCUUGUGGGAAGUCUGCUUCAAUGACUGGACCUAUUAUAAAGAUUACCUAAGCAAACGGUACAAUGGCUGUUGGUGGAUUUUCCAUUUCGAGUACAGGCCAGUUUGGGGAUGGCUGAACCCGCCUUGGCUUCUGGCUGUUCAAAUCAUGAUUACCCUGGGGCUGAUGCUCUACAUGGUGAACGUGGUGAUGAACAUUAUGUACUACGUACGCUGCUUGCCUAGGGAGAAGGAGCGGAAACACGUACUGACCAGCGCCUGCAUCAUGUGGGCAGCUUUUGCCCUAAUUGGAACAUCGGUGACGAUAUUUGGAAUCAAAGCUGACAUUGACAGACAGUGGUUGCCGAACCCAGACUCCAACUUCCUGUCCUGGUCAUUUGGCUUUGCCUGUUUGUCCGGCUUCUUCGCCAUAUUUUCAGCCAUGUGCCUUACGACAGAUUACAUGAGAAUCAAAGAGGAGGAAACCAAAGCAAACCGAGGACCUGCUUAUGCUGUGAAGCCUAACCCAAGAUUUUAG